AUGGCAGAAAAGGCUUGUAUAAAACGUCUCCAAAAGGAGUAUAGAGCACUUUGCAAGGAACCAGUCUCCCAUGUUGUUGCUCGCCCUUCCCCAAAUGACAUUCUCGAGUGGCAUUAUGUGCUGGAAGGUAGUGAUGGAACACCUUUUGCUGGUGGAUAUUACUAUGGAAAGAUCAAGUUCCCUCCAGAGUAUCCUUACAAGCCACCUGGAAUUACAAUGACUACACCAAAUGGUCGAUUCAUGACUCAAAAGAAAAUCUGUUUGUCCAUGAGUGACUUUCAUCCGGAAAGCUGGAAUCCGAUGUGGUCUGUGUCAAGCAUACUUACAGGACUUCUCUCAUUUAUGAUGGAUAACAGUCCGACAACAGGGAGUGUGAAUACCACUGUAGCUGAGAAACAACGGUUGGCAAAGUCAUCUCUCGCUUUCAAUUGUAAAACGCCAGCAUUCCGAAAGCUAUUUCCAGAGUAUGUAGAGAAGUACAACCAGCAGCAACUAGCGGAGCAAGCUGCCACACAACAGACGACACCAGAGUCUCCUCAAAAGAGCGAUACCAAAGCCGAGUCAGAGCAAACCGUGGACACAACCAAGGAAGACUCAGAAGGUGGCUUGAAGGAGAGGAGGAAGAACAAGAAACAGGGAUUGCCCGCUUGGAUAAUACUGUUGCUAGUGUCGGUUUUCGGGGUUGUCAUGGCGCUGCCUUUGCUUCAACUGUGA